AAGGCCCAGCCGAGGCCAGAGUCGGACGGGAACCCGGACGCGCGAGCGGCGAGCCGAAGCCCGAGUCGCGCGGCGGUCGGGACGCGGCGUGGGAAUGGCCCCCUCGGCUGACGCGGCGCGACGCAGGCGGCGCGACUCCCUCCUCAGGCGCGACUCCCUCGUCAGGCGCGACUCCCUCCUCAGGCGCGACUCCCUCCCCAGGCGCGACGCCCUCGUCAGGCGCCCUCCAGACCUCUACCUGCUGUGGAACGCGGCCGUCGCGGUGGCGCUCGUCGGUUUGCGAGGUUGUGUGUAAGAACGAUCUUGCCGAAGAAGAAGAAUAACCCGACGGAGAUCACAGACGAGAGGGCCAAGGCGAUGGUGGGGAAAAAGGUAUUUGUCACAGUUGGAACAACUCACUUUGACAGCUUAAUCAAGGUGAUGUCAGAGGAGGAGACACUAAAGAUUCUUCACUCCAAGGGAUAUACAAGUCUCGUCUUGCAAAUAGGUCAGGGACACUUUAUUCCUCCUACUCACAAGUGUCAUGGCGUGACCGUGUCAUUCUUCCGCCUGAAGCCUAGUAUUGCGGAGGACUUUGCUGCAGCAGAUCUGGUUGUAAGUCAUGCAGGAGCCGGGUCGUGUCUAGAGGCCCUUGAAGCAGGGAAACCACUGAUUGCGGUCAUUAAUAACACACUGAUGGAGAAUCAUCAGAGUGAGCUCGCUGAAGAACUCUCCAAAUCUGAAUUAUGUUUUUGCUGUUAUCCAUCCACAGUGCAAGAAACUCUAGAAAAUUUAGACGUGAAGAGGCUGAAAGCUUAUGAACCCGGCCGACCCAAACUUGUGGCCAAGUAUCUAGAUAGUGUAAUAAAAGUUCUUUAGCCAAUUGUUGUAUUAUCUAAGCUGGUUGUAUUAUUCCAAACUGGAAAUAUAGAGUUUAUGGUUGGUCUUGCUGAUAAAGUUAGGAAGAUUAAAUUUACUAUUAUUUAUUUUUAUGGGAGGCAGAACAAAAUGAGACAGGAUAAUAAGUGACAUAGUAGUAUGUUCUCAGUUUACUGUAAAACAUCAAGUUCCUUUUUUUUGGUUGGUUGUUGUUGUUGUCUUCAAUUUCACUUAUUUGCAUUUCUUAAAAUCUUGUAUCUGUGAACAGGUCAAGAGUUCCAUCUAUGAAUUUUCUUUUUGCUUGACUUUGUCUUUGACUACAAAUUUUACUUUGGAUACACGUAUGUAUAAAGUUUAAAAUCAAAAACAGAUUUGUAUAUGAGUUAAAAUCAUGUCAUAUACAUUUAUUAUUUAGCUCUUUGUUAUGGUGACCUCUGUCCAUUACUCCAACUUUAAUUCUGGGAUGAUUUUCCACAUAUGUCAGUGUGUUAAUUUGUCUCUCACUCACAGCAAAAUGAGUUUGAAUCGUCCCCUUCCAAAAUUCUUUAGGUGUAGAAGGCUCAAGAUAAUCAAGCAAUCAGUUUCUCUGUUUCAAGGAAAAGUUUCUUUUCUACCCUGCACACAUACAAUUCAACAUAGACAUAAGAUGCACAUAUGAAAGCAUGCGUAUCCAAAGGCUUUCUUAGACCGUUUGGUUGGAAAUGUAAAAAAUACUUUGCUAGCUUAAACUCAUCUGUAACAUAGGCAUUGAUGUGUUCACUUAAAUCAUGAGAUUCCAGUGCAUGAUGAAUACGAACAUGUCGAUGUUUUGUUAUAGAUAAAAUUUUAAGUAACAAAGUAUUUAAUGAAUGUAUUCUCAGUUAAAUGGGCCAAAAACACCUUUGGAUGUGCAUGUCCUCCUGUGAUGCCAGAAGUGUAGUUUUAGUAAUAUUCACUUGGUUAAUAUAUACUUACUUUAUAGGCUCAUUCUUAUUUAUACAGUUACCCAGUAUUGCAUGUUAUCGAUUGCAUACAGGCUGGGGUUGAACAGCUUAAACAUUAAAACUGGUUCUGAAAUUUUGCCCUUACAACUAACCCUGAGGAAAUUAUUAUAUUACUUUUUCAUUGUAUUCCAAUAAUAUCAUUAAAAAUAUGAGAAAAGUU